UACCCUUUCCAAACUUAAGCAUGGAGUCUUUGCUGAAGUCCCCAAUGAAACUUGUGGUUUUAGUGGCAUGGCUUUCCAUUGUGCUGGACCCAGGAAAUUUUUCUGACAUCUGCCAAAAAUGUCAUAAGAAUGCAACAUGCAAACAUGUAAAUGGAUCCACUGGCUGCUUCUGCAAGACUGGAUUUACUGGUGACGGAACACGUAAUUGCGAAGAUGAUGAUGAAUGUACAAAAGUCACCCAAAUCUGCGGCAAGUAUGCAAACUGUACAAACACUGAAGGCAGUUAUUUCUGCACAUGUCAAUCAGGAUUCAGAUCCAGUGGGCUGACAAUGUUUCAAACAAAUGAUGGUACCCAAUGUGACGAUAUUGAUGAAUGUAAGGAUGAUCAAGUCUGUGGAAAAUUCUCACGUUGCCAUAACACACCUGGAUCUUAUUACUGUACUUGCCAACGGGAUUAUGCCCCAACUUCACAAACGGUAUGGUUUCAACGAAAGGAUGGCAUUAAAUGUAAAGAGAGUCCCAAGAAAGGCUGUCAUAAUAACAACACAUGUAUCUCAAAGACUGUCAACAAAACACUUGAAUAUAUCAACAAUAUUGCAAAGCCUUACAGCCGUCUAGAAGAGAUAAGGAAACAAACUUCUGGGGAACUCUCACCUGUUGAUGUGAUUUCAUACGUGGAAGCCUUAUCUCAAUCAGUACCAUCGUUAAGUGCUGUGAAUGACAGUGCUACUGAUAAGGAGGCUCUCACCAAUGCUACCAUUACAGAAUUUGUUAGUGCUGUAAACAAUCUUGUAGAAAAGGAAGAACUGGUGGCAUGGAAUGAGAUUAGGAAGGAUAACCGGGGAAAGACUAUUACCAAACUUUUGCAUACUGUGGAGGAGGCAACACUGAAUAUUUCAAAAAAUUAUGAAACCACAACUGAGGUGGACGUGAAUGCAGGUGACAUAGCCCUUAAACUAUAUGCUUUUGACACCCUACAAACAAAGCUGACAAAUAUUCAUGCUACCAUGGGAGGCGAUUCCAUUACGCUCACCCCUAAAAAUGAAAAACAAGAAGUAAAUGGGAGUUUGUCCAUAGUUUUCCUUUGGUACAGCAAUAUUGGUGCUCUAUUGCAAACAAAUGAUGCCCCCACAGCAACUGACUACAAGCAGUUUGCCGGAGCAGACGAUUUCACUGUGAACUCACAAGUUGUAGCAGCUACUAUAAGCUCACCACAUGUCUACCAGCUUGACAACAUAGCAUUUACCCUGAAACACAAUGAGCCUAUAGACUCUGAAGUUUAUGUUACAAUAUGUGCUUUCUGGAAAUACUCACCGGUGAGCAUGAGAGGCCACUGGGAUACAGAGGGAUGUACACGCCAACAUGUCAACAGCUCUCACACCUCGUGCACCUGCAAUCAUCUGACACACUUUGCUAUCCUGAUGUCAUCUGGAAAGGCAAAUCUGUUGGCCCACUACGCCAUCCUUACAAGAAUAACUCAACUUGGAAUGAUCAUAUCUAUUAUCUGCCUUUCCAUGUGUAUCUUCACCUUCUGGUUCUUCAGUGAAAUACAAAGCACCAGGACCACCAUACACAAAAACCUCUGCUGUAGCCUUUUCAUGGCUGAAUUCAUCUUCCUGGUUGGAAUUAAUAUGAACACCAACAAACUCUUCUGUUCAAUCAUCGCUGGCCUACUGCAUUAUUUUUUCUUAGCUGCUUUUGCAUGGAUGUGUAUUGAAGGGAUCCAUCUGUACCUGAUAGUGGUUGGUGUCAUCUAUAACAAAGGUUUCCUGCAUCGCAACUUUUACAUUUUUGGAUAUGGAAGCCCAGCAGUGGUAGUUGCAAUCUCUGCAACACUUGGUUACAAAUACUAUGGUACCAAUAAAGUGUGUUGGUUAAGUACUGAGAACAAUUUUAUAUGGAGUUUCAUUGGGCCUGCUUGUUUAAUUAUUCUGGUUAAUCUCUUGGCUUUUGGAGUGAUCAUUUAUAAGGUCUAUCGUCAUACUGCUGUGAAGAAGCCUGAAAUCAGUCACUAUGAAAACAUACGGUCUUGUGCCCGAGGUGCUCUCGCCCUUCUGUUUGUCCUUGGUGCCACCUGGACUUUUGGUGUCCUUCACAUCCUGAACGAGACUACCCUUACAGCCUAUCUCUUCACCAUCUCCAAUGCAUUUCAAGGGAUGUUCAUCUUCAUCUUCCUCUGUGUCUUAUCCAGAAAGAUUCAAGAGGAGUACUACAGAUUGUUUAAAAAUGUGCCAUGUUGCUUUGAGUGCCUCAGAUGAACUUUACAUCAAACCAGGAGGAACAAGUCUGCCAUCACAAGCAGUCCUCUGGGGUUUGGAAUGCUAUAAUGAUGUUUUUCAUACCACUGCUUAUUUCUACAUUGUCCAUGCAAAUAUUGUGAUUUAGCAGAGAAAUUCAGCAAAACUCUCUUGUGACAGAGAACUGAGAGCCUGCUUACCCCAUGCUGACACUGACACCAUUAUUAUUUCUUUUCUAUUUUGCAAUAAUUUAAUGUAAAUUAGAUAUACCGCUUACAAAUAUUAUGGCUAAAACAAUUAGUGUUUAAUUAUGUAGGCAUUUGUGACAUGGAAAUAUGAGGCAACAUUGUAAAUGUCUGUUGUAUUGGUGAAUCUGUUGUAUUAUAAAUAAAGACAACUUGGAUGACUUCUGCUCCUAUUGCACAUGAUGCCAAUGUCAAGGUUCUGUCUCAUAUUAGACUCUGGCUGAUGUAUAAACCAGGAUACUGACAUUUAACCUAACUGUGGUCAUUUGUAAUCAUUAAUUUCAAUAGUUUGUCGAGAUUUUACACAAUAAUGAAAAUAUUCUUGCUUUUUAAUAUAUUGCACUUUUGAAGAAGAGUAACAAAUUUUAAGAAUGUUGAAGAACUCUUCCCAGACUUUUUACUGGGCAAGUCAACCUUCUGGAAAGCCUUUUUUAAAUGAUGACUACUAUUUUCAUGCUUUUCUUGUGGUAACAUUUUUAAUUUGUAAAGUUUAAAAUCCCUGUCACAAUGUAUAUUGUGGUCAAGAAUCUGUAGAGAACCCUUUAUUUUGUUUACAGGGUUGUACUUAUACUUUUUAAGUAAUGUAUACAGUCAAUAUUUAAAACAUACAUGUAGGUAACUAAAUAUCAAUAUUGUCAUGUCAUAUUUUUCAGACAUUCAAGAAAUACAUUCUGUAAUCCAAGAAGUUAAUGUAGUGAAAAAUGAGUUCA